CAAGCGCGCCUAUUUUCAGUUGCGCCUUUUGUUUGGAAAGAAGUGUUGUGCUUCAUUUUCUGGAAAUCUUCGUGUUUGCCCAGCUCUUGGGGCCGUCAGCACCCUGGUAACAUGGCUGCCAAGUGUUAGCCGCGAUGCGGAAACAGGUGGUGCUCCUGUUUGACCUGCACUGUCUGGGCUGGGACGCGCCCGGCGAUGCGGCGUUCGAGUGGCGGCUGCGCUCCCUGCAGCGCGCCACACUCCGCCUGCUGCUCGGGCUGGCCAACUGCCUGGAGAAGGACGGCGGCCUGCGCUUCGGCUUCCGACUGUUUGACUCGGCGCGCUACAAGCCGGGCACGGACCGAUCCGGCUUUGUCGACUUCACGCUGGAUGCGUUCGAGGCGCUGGAAAACUCGCUGGCGGGCGCACUCGAGCGGCGGCGCACCGGCUCGCCGCGCCGGGCGGCGGAUCCCGGCGCCGCACCGCCCGGCCAGGCGCUGACGCGCGCCCUGCACGAGGUGCUUAGCGACUUCCAGUGGGAGCGUGCCGACGUCGACUCGCCUGUGAAGCGGCCCCGGCGGCGGCGCGGCGCCGCUCCGGCCCCGGCCGAUGACUCGGGUAACGCCGUGUAUCUGGUGGCCGCGCUGCCGGCGGCGGAGGAGGCGGCACACCGGUUCGCUGGCGGCGCGGCGCCCGACGAGCUGCCCGCCCGGCUCACGGCUGCUGUGCUCAGUGACUCGUUCCGCCGACUGCUGUGUGAACAGUGCCGCGUGCGGCUGCACGUGCUGGACACGGCGGGCCUUCAAACGGCUGCCGAGCCCGACCCACUCGUACAGCGGGCGUUCUCGGCGCUGGCAGAGGCCACCGGCGGCGUCCUAACGCGGCUGGAGACGCUGCUGGAGCUCUGUGGACCCGAGCCGGCCGCUGAGCCGGCGCCGGAGGUCGGGCCGGGCGACGGGAAGGCGGCGGCGGAGGGAGAGGGCCUCCGGGUCCGGUGGAGGAUGGGUCCCACCGAGUACACCGCUCGGGUGACGAUCGAACCCGGGGCCAAGGCGGACGCCCCGCCCUCCGAUCGGACACUGCUCAGGCUGCUCUCAUCGCCGGACGACGCGUGUAUUCUAAUGGAGGUGGUUGCCAAGAUGACUGACGCCGUCGACAAUGCGUCCCACGUGCAGUUGGCGACUUUUGAGGCGGGCGAUGACGCGUUUUCUGCGGGCACCCUGCUGCUGGUGCGUCUGUCGGACCAGCCGUGUCUGCUGCGCACCGACUCCGCCCGCCGCGGAGCUCUGCUCUCACUGGGCGACCCGCCGACCGACGGUGGCGCCGGCGCGCGGAAGGACGCCGAAACAGUGCGCCACCGGCUGCGGUCCGAGCGGCCCCUGGUAGCGGAUAUGCUGCAGCUGUGGUUCGUAGGACCGCCGCCAGAGUCGCCUCCGAAACACCAGGAUGUCUGGCCCACGUAA